AUGAAUAUAGCCAUCGUUAUAUUGGCUAGUGGCAUCGUGGUACUAGGCCAACUGACCGGUAAGAACUCUCCAUGUAAUCUGGGUGUUAGACGUCCAUCAUCUCCACCACCAUUCCUGAGAAAUCUCACCAAACAAGCUCGUAACGAGUACCUUACCAUUGUUUCAAAGCAAAAUGAAACCGUCGCAGCACAGAAGGAAGAAAUUCUCACAUGGGCACAAAAGUAUGGAAUUGAGACAAAAGUUCAAGAAUACGAUUCUAUAAUGAUGAACACCCAAAGGCAGCUGAAGGAGAACGUCACUAAUUUCACUGAUGAGUGGGACACGGUUGUGGAGCAGUACUACUCAGUAAUGGAAAACGACGAACAAACACCUGCGGAACAAAGAGGAGCUCUGAGGAACUUGAGUGAUCAGUUCCCCGUGGCUUACGAUGUUCUACAGUACGCACUAAUUCGUUUCAAACCUGAUCUGUUCGGUUCCACUCAAGGCGAUUCAGUUAGCGUUGAGUGGGGACCGAGAAUUCCAAAUGAUGAUGUUAGAAGAAUCCGUCCCUCUUCUCCACCAUCAGGAGUAAUCAGCCCUGGAGGACCUCCGCCGCUACCAGAUGGAGGCGAUCCUUUUGCACCCCUUCCGCCAUCAGAUGUAACUAGCCCUGAUGGCACUCCACCACAAACAGAUGGAGACGGUCUUUUCCCACCUCCUUCACCAUCAGGAGUAAUCAGCCCCGGAGGACCUCCGCCACUACCAGAUGGAGGCGAUCUUUUUGAACCCCUUAUUCCAUCAGGAGUGAACAACCCUGAUGGAUCUCCACCACAACCUAACGAAGACUAUCCUUUUCUACCUCCUCCACCAUCACAGGUAAUUAGGCCUGGUGGUCCUCCACCAAUGCCAGAUGGUGGCGAUCCUCGUUCUCCACUUUCACCACGGAAAACUAGAACCAAAGGAUCUUCCAAGCAGUGUAAGCACCUAUUGAAAUUACAAAAAGUUUAUCUUAACACGAAGUAUCAAAAAAUACUGUUUUUCAAGGAAGAACUCUAUUUGUUAAGGAAGGAUUAA